UUUAUCUUCAAUACCUCUAUCUGAGUAUGCCAAGAAGCUGGAAACUCGAGUGAAACGGCGUUAUCUUGAUAAAAUUUCGUCGAUUGGAAUCGACCCCGUGUUAGUUGACAGCAACCUUUUUGAGCCGGACUGUUUACCUCCAGUAGAAUCUACAGAUCUGCUAUUUUAUCUCGUCCUAGAAACAAGUUUCUACACAAACCAACAGUUUAAAGMUUUUCGUAGUCUGGAAGCUUAUAAUCAGAUGUUCUCCGGAUUUAUUGCAAGCGUAGAAGGCCACAUCAUUUCUGACAAGUUUGUUGUUGUCGCGAAGGUGAGACAUUCUCAGCGAAUGAACGAUGCUCUGAUCCCAGUAUGGAUAAUCACAGAAAAACWGGGGAACAUAAUUUCUUGUCACUGUUUAGGUUGUAAAGCGGGUCUUGGUGAGUCGUGUUCUCACGUGGCUAGCGUACUAUUUUACCUAGAAGCCUGGACGAAAAUAAACGGCAAGUUAUCCUGUACCCAAGUAAAGUGCACGUGGAUUUUGCCAACCUACGUGAAACAAGUUGAUUAUGCUAGAGUACGAGAUAUCAAUUUUACUUCUGCACGAAAAAUGAAGACGGACUUGGAGAAAAAAAUCGAUUAUCAUAACGAUAUUCCCAGUCAAAGCAAGUCAACACAAGUUUUAGGAACAUUAAAGUCUUCUUCAAAAGAAUGCAAAGCUCCUACAGAACCGGAAAUGGAUGCUUUCUACGCUGAAAUCAACAAGAGUCAAAACAAGGCCGUGGUUCUAAGCUUGAUUUCUCCAUACUCAAGUAGCUUUGUGCUGAAAAGCAGAUCUGUUCCAACAGUAAAUUAUCUUUGUAAAAAGGAAUACUUACAUCUAUCAUAUCCAGAGCUUAUAAAGGUCUGCCAAGGCAUAAAGAUUGAAAUUUCAAAAAAUCACAUAGRACAAAUUGAGAGAGAUACCUUAAAACAGUCAAAAGGACAUAACBUUUUCAAACACAGAGCUGGAAGAAUUGGAGCUUCUCAAAGUAAGGCUGCAUGCCACUCAGAUCCUGCUUUGCCCUCCCUGUCUCUAAUAGAAUCAAUUUGUUACCCAGAGCUAGCCAAGUUUACCACUAAAGCCACUGUUCAUGGUUGUAAACAUGAGGAAGAUGCUAUCAAGGCCUAUGAACAAAUAAUGAAAGGGAAGCACACCAAUUUCAAGGUUCAGAAGUGUGGUCUGUUUAUCAAUGAAGCUUAUCCAUAUAUACAUGCGACACCUGACUUCUUAUGUUCUUGCGACUGUUGUGGAGAAGGAUGUGGGGAGGUGAAAUGCCCUUUUUGCAUUGAGGACUGUGACUUUAAUAGCUAUCUAUCAAAGUCAUCAUGUUGUCUACUAAAAGAUAACAAUGAAAUGUUUACCCUUAAGCAUGAUCACCAGUAUUACUAUCAAGUUCAGCAGCAGCUGUUUACUUUACACAAAGAUUACUGUGACUUUGUUGCAUGUGCAUUUGGAGAUGAUGGGAGUACGACACUUGUCCAGCCGAGAAUAUUCCCAGACAAAGAACACUGGGAAAUUGCAUUGCCAAACCUCACCACUUUUUGGAGAACCUGUGUCUUACCUGAAGUGCUUGGAAAAUGGUCCACUAGAAGGCAUACUUCAAAAAGAAGUGAGCCAACAGCAAGUGGGGCUAUUUGCUUUUGUAGAACUGCCCAAGAUAGAUCAUGUGUCUGUUGUGCCAACCCCAUGUGCCCAAUCAGUACAUUUCAUCUUUCAUGCUUGGGACUGACAACCACACCCAAAACAUGGUACUGCCCAAAUUGCAGAAUGUUACCUGAAUUCUACAUGUUUUAG